GUGUCAACGUGACAGCUCGGUGUGUUGCGCAGUUUCACCUGAUCUAAAGUUCAAGGUACCGUGAGCUGGUUUGGUUUGGUUCUCUGGGAUCUCUAGCAUUCAUCUCCAGCUGGUGGUCGGUCUGUUUGUCUGCACACGAGCCUUUUAAACUCAAAAGAUCAGAGACCAUGGGAGAGUGGAGUUUUCUGUCCUCUCUACUGGACAAGGUCCAGUCCCACUCCACUGUCAUUGGGAAGGUCUGGCUCAGUGUGCUUUUCAUCUUCAGGAUCAUGAUCCUUGGAGCUGGAGCAGAGAAGGUUUGGGGCGAUGAACAGUCGAAUAUGAUUUGCAACACCAAACAGCCUGGUUGCAAGAACGUCUGCUACGACCAAGCCUUCCCAAUCUCACACAUUCGGUUCUGGGUCCUGCAGAUUAUCUUCGUCUCGACACCAACGCUGAUCUACCUCGGUCACGUUCUCCACAUUAUCCACAAGGAAGACAAGAUAAGAGAAUAUAUGAAGACCCACUCUAGGGCUGAAAAACUUCCCAAGUACUCUGACGACAAAGGCCAUGUCAAGAUUAAAGGGGACCUGCUGGGAAACUACAUGACCUCCAUAUUUUUCAGAAUCGUUCUGGAGGUAGCGUUCAUUGUUGGGCAGUACUAUCUGUAUGGGUUUGUCAUGGUCCCGAGAGUCGUCUGCACCCGAGUCCCAUGUCCCUUCACCGUAGAGUGCUACAUGUCUCGGCCCACAGAGAAGACCAUCUUCAUCCUCUUCAUGCUUGUCGUGUCCUGCAUCUCUGUUCUUCUCAACGUAGUAGAGAUAUUCUACCUGGCGUGUACUCGCUCGUGCAGACGAAAGAAAACAAUGCCGGCUACCGCUAUCGCCAUUCACCCGCGUUUCAACGGUGACAGUCUGACAAAGAGCGAGAAGCUUAGCCUCCAUGACGGCUCCAGCACAGCCUGAAGAACGCCAUUAAGAUCCAAUGUGCAAAAUGUAAACAAUCAGAUACCGAGUAGUUACCGAGAAAACAAAAAUGUGACUGAGAUGAGACCAGGGCCCACUUAUUUAUUCAUGUGUUGCUUAUUCAAAAUUUCCAAAAUUACACAACUUUGGACACAUAUGUAGAAACAUGCACAAGAACAACAUAAUAAGGUACUGUAUCACUGAAGCAACCUUUCACAAAUUGCACAAAAAGCGAGCUUUGUGGAUUUAAUCUUUUUUUUUUGCUGUGUUUUGUACUUACGACUAAAUAUAUCUAACCAAUUUCCACUGGUUAAAAACUCUAAAGAAGUGUAUAAGGGCUGUUAGUGCUACUUUGAUUUUCCGUUUCUUCUAUAUUGUUAAACUUGCAUAUGUGACUUUUAAGAACUGUAAAUAUUUUA